UCCUGUGAGUUUCAGCAGGGUGAUGUGUUCUGUUCUCUUACAGGGUGGAGUGUUAAUGGCUGUUGGACUUGGCGUUGCAGCCGCAGCAUUCGCAGGAAGGUAUGCGUUCCAGUUGUGGAAACCUUUAGGACAAGUAAUUGCAGAAACAGCCAAGAAAAUGCCCACGUCGGCUUUUUCAGUUUACUAUAAAGGAGGAUUUGAAAAGAAAAUGACCAAACGAGAAGCCAGCCUUAUUCUAGGUGUAAGCCCAACAUCUAACAAGGUAAAGAUAAGAGAAGCCCACAGAAGGAUCAUGAUUUUAAACCAUCCUGAUAAAGGCGGAUCUCCCUACUUGGCUGCAAAAAUAAAUGAAGCAAAAGACUUUCUGGAUGCCAGCAGUCGGAAGUGACCUCAUUAUCAUGUGAUUCAUGCUGUUCCACACUCAUCCAGUACGCCCCUUUGUGAGGAGUGUGAGUGGACUUGCACACACACACACUUUGAACAGGGUGCACUUAUGGAUUGUUUAGGCUUUAUUAUAGUGUAUCUUUACUGCUGUGAGGCUUGUCUCAGAAAAUGAUUUUUUUCUCUUUUAUGUCUCUUUUAUUGAAUUGUACAGUGCUUUGUGAGUGUACA